AUGUCCAAAAAUAACUUGAACAUUCCAAAUUCCACCUUCUGUAAUUUAAGUACAAAUGUAGACGUUCAACAGCAGUUACAAAAAUUCUGGGAGAUUGAAGAUUCUUCAUUUUCUUCUCCAAAUCUGUCGGCAGAAGAGAAAAGGUGUGAGGACAUUUUCUGUGAAACAGUAACUCGAAAUGAAGAGGGUAGGUUCAUUGUAACAAUUCCUUUAAAGGAGCCCAUUUCUCGAUUAGGCGAAUCAAAACAACUAGCCUUAAAUAGAUUCGAGUCACUUGAGAUCAAAUUUCGAAAAAAUCCUAAAUUCUAUGAGAUGUAUAGUAAGUUUAUGGCAGAAUAUGAGAAUCUAGGUCACAUGACAAGGGUAGUAGAGUCUUCAGUAAACAAUCCAGUAUCCUACUUUCUACCUCACCAUGGUGUGUUAAAUGAGAAUAGUGCGACAACCAAGCUUCGAGUAGUGUUUGACGGUUCAGCUCCAUCUAAGUCAGGGUGGUCAUUCAAUGACUUACAGUUGGUUGGUCCAACCAUUCAAAAUGACUUGUUAGCGAUUCUACUGAGAUUCAGAAAGCAUAAAAUUGUUAUAUGUGCAGAUGUGGAGAAAAUGUAUCGUCAGGUGUUGGUCAAGCCUGAGCAACGAAAUCUACAACAAAUAUUGUGGAGAUCAAACACAUCAGAAAACAUUCAUUCGUAUACUUUAAACACGGUGACGUACGGUACCAGUUCCGCACCUUAUCUAGCAAUCCGUUGUCUAAUUCAACUAGCUAAUGAUCAUCAAAAUUCUCAUCCGGAGGUUUCAGAAGUAAUUAAAACUGAUUUCUAUGUCGACGACUUAAUAUCAGGAGCAGACACGCCUCGAGAGGCAAUCGAAUUAGGUUCUGAGAUAUCCCAUAUUCUAGGAAAGGGAUGUUUCAAAUUGCACAAAUGGAUAUCAAAUGACGAGUCAGUUCUUAAUGUUUUUCAAGGUAGUAGUCCAGUUUCUAACGUAAUGCAAUUAGGAGCCAAGGAACAAACAAAGACUUUAGGUCUGUAUUGGGUUUUCAAAUCAGAUGUUCUGAAAUAUAAUAUUCGCUCUGUGUCUGACAGUAAGAUCCUAACAAAACGAAAAAUUCUUUCGGAUAUAUCUCGUAUCUUCGAUCCGUUGGGCCUUCUCAGUCCAUGCGUAAUUACGGCGAAAAUUCUUCUGCAGUUAUUAUGGACCUAUAAGCUGUCAUGGGAUGAUGAAUUACCUUCUGAGUUCCAUACCAAAUGGAUAAGGUUUAGAAAUCAGCUUUCCGUUUUAAAUCGGUUAGAAAUUCCUAGGCAUGUAGUAUGCACAUCACCAAUUAACAUCCAACUCCAUGGUUUUGCAGAUGCGGCUCAAAAUGCUUAUGGAGCUUGUUUGUAUGUAAGAAGCAUAGAUUCCAACGGUGUUGUAUAUACUUCAUUACUAUGUUCGAAAUCCAAGGUUGCACCGGUAAAACUAGUUACAAUUCCAAGAUUGGAACUAUGUGCCGCGUUGGUACUUAGUCANAAAGUGUCUUUAAUGCUUGAGUGA